AAGUAGAAUAAAUUAACCACACUUAAUACAGAACAACAAACUAUUUUCUCUUAUGUAGAAACAUAAACUAAUUUCAUAAAAUAAAGUUUUAAUUAAAAAAUACUUACUUUAAAAAAAAAUAUCUAACGAUAAUGAGCAAUAGCCAAGCACAAUCCCAAUCAACCAUGGAUAAAACACAGCUACUUUCCAAUGUUUUGAGAAUUUUGAAGAUGUAUAACUUAAAAGAAACAGAAGAACUGUUAAAACAAGAAGCAAAAAUAACAGAUGAUAUAAGCAACAGCUCUCAAGAAUCUGGUGUAAACAGUGUAUUAACAGGUUACAAAAGCGAUGGUGAUCCAGAAACUUAUGAAGAAUCGUAUCUGGAACUUAAGAAAUUCGUUGAAGUCUCACUUGAUAUCUAUAAACAUGAAUUAAGUACAAUACUUUAUCCAGUACUAGUGCAUAUGUAUUUAGAGCUUGUUUACAAUGGUCACACAGAAAAAGCAAUGAAUCUUAUGAAGAGGUUUGGUCCUGAGCAAGACUUUUAUUAUCAAGAAGAUCUUAGAAAGUUAGCUUUAGUUAUUAAAAAAGAACAUAUGAAUGGUAACGAAUUAAUUGACACAUUUAAAUCCAAUCAGUUUAUUAUCAGAAUGUCUCGUGACACAUAUUCAUUAUUGAAGAGGCAUUUGCAGGACAAAAAAGCUACAGUUUUAUUAAACAUUAUACAUGAACAUUUGUACUUUGAUAUGUAUGAAGGAGUUGCAAGAAAUAAAAGUCAAAUUGACUCUACAUCAGGUUCAGUUAUAGGGGAAGCCACAAGACAAGACAAUAAGGUAAAAGUUUACUAUGGUAUUCCAAAAGUACCAGAUAUUCAAACUUUAGCAGCACCUGUUGAAGAUGAAGAAGAAGGUACAGAACAAGAUGCACCAGAUAAACCAAAAAAGAAAAAGGCAAAAAAAGAUCCACUUUUCUCUAAAAAGACCAAGUGUGAUCCAAAUGCUCCUUCUUUAGAUCGAAUACCUUUUCCUGAAUUAAAAGACAACGACAAAUUGGAAAAGCUACGAGCGUUUAGGGAAGCUACAAAAAGAGUCACCUUGGGAUCAGAAACAUUACCUUCUAUUUGUUGCUACACAUUACUUAAUGCAAAUCACACAGUCACUUGUGCAGAAAUAACCGAAGAUUCUAGCAUGCUGGCAGUUGGUUUUAGUGAUUCAGUUGUAAAAGUGUGGACACUGGUGCCACAAAAAUUAAAAGCCAUGAAAAAUGCAGAACAACUUCAGGAGAUCAACAUUGAAGCUGAAGAUGUAUUUGUAAGGAUGAUGGAUGAGCGUUCAGGGAAAACAUCGCGUUCCCUUUUUGGACAUAGUGGUUCUGUUUAUUCAGUUUCUUUUUCGCCAGAUCGCACGUUACUCUUAAGUUGUGCUGAAGAUGGCACAAUUCGCCUAUGGAGUCUUCAAAUUUGGAGAUGUCUUGUAGUUUAUAAAGGACAUAUGUAUCCCGUAUGGGAUGUGAAAUUUUCUCCUCACGGUUAUUACUUUGCAUCCGCAUCGCACGAUCGAACCGCUCGAUUGUGGGCUACGGACCACUACCAACCCUUAAGAGUCUUUGCAGGACAUUUCUCGGAUGUUGAUUGUAUUCAAUUUCAUCCCAAUUCAAACUACAUUGCAACGGGUUCGAGCGAUCGACGAGUUUGCUUAUGGGAUUGUUUAACCGGGAAUCAUGUGCGAUUGAUGACGGGGCACAAAUCUCCUAUUUAUUCUUUGGCAUUUAGCGUUUGCGGUCGAUUUUUGGCAUCAGCGGGUUCAGAUUGUAAAAUAUUAAUUUGGGACCUUGCUCAUGGUCAUUUAGUAGCAGAGUUAACUGGUCAUGACAAACCAAUCCACACGCUCACAUUUAGCAGAUGCGGAAAUCUCCUUGCCUCUGGUUCAGUAGAUUGUAAACUCAAACUAUGGGACUUUACUAAACUGGCCGAGGAUACGAGUUCAGAGGAUGUAAAUGUUUCCCACAAUCCUGAUGUAAAAUCGGGAGACACUUAUAUGUUAAGAAGUUUUGCGACUAAGAAUUCUCCUUUGAUACAUUUACAUUUUACAAGACGAAAUUUGUUGUUAGCAGUUGCGACAUUUGAUGGCUCUAAUCCUUAGAUUUUUUUCAUUUGGUUUUUCAACUUCUUAAGUAUAUUUUUAUAUAUUUAAAGUUAAUCGAUUAUUAAUUUUACCACGCUGAAUUGUUAAGUUAUAUGUAAAAUAAAAUAAUCAUUUAGGAUAUAAAUUAUUCUCUGCAAGAAAAGCUUUCUCUUCUCAAUUAAAACUUUCGA